AUGCAGAAACAGAGAAAAAAUGGGGAAGUAGCUAUUCAGGCUACUAACAGCUCAUCAAUCGUUUGCAAAAGGUCUGUAGAAAGAUUUUAUUCGCAAGCAUUGGACAUGAAUUUGAAUGUUGAUCAGUCGAAAGGCUGCAUUGAAUAUUUCAAGUACUUCGUACCAAAGACGAUUCGAUGCACGCCGUGCAUCAACCGUGGAUACUGGCUCAGAAUGCACGCCGUGAAAUCUACUAUAGAUUUUAUCGUAAAACAAACUCAGGGAGAGGAGUUAGUUAUCGUAAACUUGGGAUGUGGUUUUGAUCCGCUACCAUUCCAGCUUUUAGAUCCAGAGAACAGGCAAAAUGAGAAAAAUAUGGGUCGCCUAUCGUUUUUGGAUAUUGACUAUCCCGACCUUAUAGCGCACAAAAAACGCAUAAUAGACGCUGCACCGAAGCUUAAGACUAUUAUGGGCAGCUGGAACGUAUCUCCUCGUGUCACGGGUGGUUUUGAAGCCCAAAAUUAUGCUUUGGCGCCUUAUGAUUUGAACGAUACUGACAAUUUCGAUGUAUUGAUAAAUGCCUGCAACCUGCAAGACGCAUCCGUCGUCAAAAUUUUCGUGAGUGAAGUAUCUCUGGCCUACAUGAAAUCCACUAAAGCUGACACCAUCAUUGAAAUAUGCUCUCGCCAACCAAGGUCUCAUUUCAUAAUCUUGGAGCCGCUUCUACCAGCAGGUCCGUGCGAGCCCUUUUCUAGGCAAAUGCUGCAACAUUUUAGAAGCAACAACACACCACUUCAAUCUGUAAGUCUCAACAGCACUUUGUCAGCCCAGCAUGAAAGAUUUCAGAGAUGUGGGUUCCAUUUUACAAAUAUGAAGAACAUGAUUGACGUUUGGAAUUCUUUGCCCAGCGGCACGAAAAAGAAGAUCGAUGCGAUUGAACCGUUCGAUGAGUAUGAAGAGUUCUUACUGUUUUGUCAUCAUUACGUUUUUGGUCAUUCAACCAAUGACCGAUAUUUCCCAAUGAAAGGCCUCCCGGUUCUCAAGAGACAAGCUGUAGAGAAAAUGUCCCUUCUUUGCCAUAUGCAUCUGAAGUCUCUGAUGGUGGAUAAAUUGAAUCUUCUUCAGCGAAAGUUUGGUUCCUCGACACUGCUGCCGUCUGGGCAGAUUCUGUACUCCCAUGGCUGCUAUGCCAGCAGAUUGAGCGACACGUUGCUGAUAGAUCCAGCUUCGAAUAGAGUAGAAGUUGUGAGCAGUGUUUCACAUCAACCUAGUGCCAGAAUGUGCCAUACUCUAACAGCUUUAAAUGAUGAGCUCUGCGUCCUGGUAGGCGGCAGAGGCUCCCCCAAUAAAGCGUGUGAUGACAUUUGGGUAUUGAGAAAAACUGAACAACGGCAGUGGGUCUACGAAAAAGUCCUUGAUUUGCCCGAGUCUCGAUACAGGCACUCAUCCUGUGCGAUAGACGAUGAGCGGGUUCUCAUCUACGGUGGACAAACAGCUGGCGAUGCUUUUCUUGUUUAUGACAGUGGAAAAAACGAGCUUAGUGUGCCUAUAAUUGAUGGCGAGAUACCAUCUUUGGCCUCAGCUCCUAUGACUUAUGACCAGCCAUCCAAUACCGGAGUUAUUGUUGGCGGAGUAGGAAAAGACCAACAUAUCGAUGGCUGCUUUAGAAGUUUCCAUUACGAUAAGUGUUUAAACAAGAUCACACUGACUCAAGAAUUUUCCCAUCCUUUGAUGAAGCGUUGUGGCGCUAAGGCCCUUCACACUAGUUCAGACACAAUUUUGAUUAUGGGCGGAACAAAUUCUUGCAUGCUUCUUGACAGAGAGACGACAAUGAUCGAAGUCAACUUAAGAGACAAUCAACUUACCACAAAGGCCAUUCCUGAGCAGUACUGGCAGGCCGACUUUCCUUUGCUAGUAGGUUUUGAGAUGCUACAAUGUCUUGAUUCAACGAUUCACAUUUUUGGAGGUGGAGCUGUAUGCUAUGGUUUUGGCUCGGUUUGGAAUGGGUGGUUAAAAUUAAAAAUUACGUAA